AUGGAGAGUCAGGGCACGCGACGGCGUGGUGGGGUUCCUCAGCGAGUUACCUGGUCACAAUUCAAAGCCUCCAAGUCGGCUGCAGCCAAGGCUGAGAUCGAAGGUCGCUGGGAACUUCUGAUUGCUGAUGGAGAGGCCAAAAACCUUCUCAGCAUGCGCCAGCGGCUUGGGCCUUCCACAGAUCCAGGGCUGGUGCACCUCCGGGAGGAAAUCGACAAGAUGAUCUCGGAGAGGGCAGAGCUGCUUGAGAAAGGCUCAACAGGUUCAGUGGCAACAUCUCAGGCCGCAGCUUUCUCUUUCACAGCCUCACUGUGCACUGCUGCGGCGGUUGGGGCUGGACAAUGCACGUCUUCCAUCACCAUUCCUGAUCUUCCUCGGCCUCUUCUUGGGCAAGGAUGCUCCUGA